CAUGUAAUAUAUAAUCAGGUGAUAUAUGCACACAGUUAAAACAUUUGUUUAUUAAAAUAUCUCAAUUAUACUAAAAUAAAACUGGGGAGAGCUUGAUGCCCUCUAAACUUCUUUAAACGUUUACAUUAAAUAAACCUGCAUGAAAUCAAAUUAAGUCCUACUCUCUUAUAUCAACACCACUAACAGUAAAAGUUACGACUUGUUGAUUGACUCAGUGUGAACUUGUGAAAAUGUGCAAAAACAGAUGCAUCACCUUGCAUGCAAAACCCCCCACACAAACACACCUCCUGAUUCUGCUCUGACCACAAAGAUGACUAAGAAAGGGCAAUUAAAAAGCGGUUAUUUCCUCAUUGCUCUCACACUUGAUGUUAAAGGACAUCUGAGAAAACACAUUGAUUUUUGGCUGAGAGGACGGUCCACUCAAUGGAUAUUUGCAGAAAUUUGAUUGUGUUUCACUUCUUGGUGUUCACCUUUUUUAAAGUGACAGUUUGCUCUGACGUAUCAAUUGUUGGAGGCAAAGAUGUCAAAAAAGCUUUAUCGUGGAUGGUGUCCAUUCAGGUAAACCAGAAUCAUAAAUGUGGAGGAAUCCUGAUUCACAAAGAGUGGGUUUUAACAGCGGCGCAUUGCAAAGAAGACUCCUAUUCAUCAGUGACGGUUCUCAUAGGAUCUCUAUCUCUGAGUAAAGGCUCUCAGCGUAUUGCCAUCCACAAUUACGAAAUCCCUGAAACAUUCAAUAAAAAGACUAAAAAAGACGACAUCAUGCUCAUUAGGCUAAGCAAAAAAGUUAAAGCCAAACCCUACAAAAUCCCUAAAAAGGAAAAAGACGUCCAACCCGGAACAAAAUGUGUUGUGAGAGGUUGGGGAACCACUGAUUAUAAAGGCAAGCAAGCUUCUGAUAAACUGCAAAUGUUGGAGGUGUUGGUGGUGGACAGAGUGCAGUGCAACCGCUACUAUAACAGAAAUCCUGUCAUCACCAAAGACAUGCUGUGUGCAGGAAACACACAGCAGCACAGAGGAACCUGUUUGGGAGAUUCUGGUGGACCUCUGGAGUGUGAGAAAAACCUGGUUGGAGUGCUUUCAGGCUCACACGGAUGUGGGGAUCCCAAAAAACCCACAGUGUACACGCUUCUGUCCAAAAGACAUAUCACCUGGAUCAAUAAAAUACUGAAACAGCAAUUCAACAGCACACGCUUUUAGGAAACCAAACUUUUCCAGCUUAUAUACAGUAGCCUGCACUUUCAGAAAUAAAGGUACAAAAACUGUGACUGGGGUGUAGCUGUACCUUAGGGCUGCAUCUAGACUUGUUAGCACCCUAGGCGAGAUUAUUAUUCAUUAAAUACAUAAUAUAAUGCAUCUUUUAAAUAGUUAUUCCAUCUACGUAAUUUUUUUUUCUGAAAAUAUGCUGUUCUUUUUUAAAAAUGUUUGUGACUUUAAAUUUCUACAUUUAUAUUCACAACCAGUGUUUUUACAAUGUUAAGCAAAUUUUGAAAUAAAGCUAAAAAAACAAUGUGUCUGAUAUUGUAUUAUAUCAGCCCCUCUAUUUGUUCCUGCUUAUUUUCUAGUAAACAACCAUUAAAAUGUACACACAGAAUGCACAUUUUAUCUUAAUUUAUGUAUCUUCAUGCCGUCUAUGAUGACUUUUUCCAUCCUCAGAAUAAUAAAGAAGAUUU